AUGACGAUUAUCUUCCAGAACGCCCGGGUAUUCUGCCCUUCUAGAACGCCUGCGACCAGCAAUGGCUUCGCAGAUUGCCUGGUGAUAACGGGCAACCGCAUCGCCUAUGUUGGCUCUCUGGACAAGUUCGAUCCACCUCAGGAUGCCGUCGUCUUCGACCUCCAAAAUCGGAUUGUAAUGCCGGGUUUUAUCGACGCCCAUGUCCAUCUUCUUCAAUACGGUAUGUCCUUGCGCAAACUCGACCUCAUCGCUUGCACCUCGCUCGAGGAGAUCCGAGAAGCCAUCCAGACCUAUGCUCAGAGCCAUCAAUCUGUUCCUCGCAUCCUGUGCCGGGGAUGGAACCAAGACACAAUCAACGGAGAACCGUUAGCUAGUAUGCUGGAUGGGAUUGAUGCACGUCCUAUCUAUAUUGAGGCUGCCGAUCUUCACUCGACGUGGUGCAAUCUUGCAGCUCUCGAUGAAAUGGAAGCCCAUACCACUCCAGACCCCUCGGGAGGCACGAUUCACCGUGAUGAGAAAGGCCGAGCCUCGGGUCUCCUGAGUGAAGGAGCCGUGAUGAACUUUGUAUGGCCAUUUCUAGAGCGCGUGACCUCAAAAGAGGACAAAUUGGGUGCCCUCCGCAAGGCGAUCAAGACAUACUCCGCUGCCGGGUAUACUGGCAUCGUAGACAUGGCCAUGUCUGAGGACACUUGGUCUAUACUCUAUCUCCACCGCCGAACCCACGGAUUUCCUUUCCAUAUGGCCGUUCACUGGCUUAUCCCCUUCUCCGAAGACCAAGGAAUCAACUUUAGCUAUGUUGAUCGAGCCAUUGAGCUCCGUCACCGAUUCAACGAGCCGGAAUUUUGCGUUGCAGGAAUAAAACUUAUGUGUGAUGGUGUUGUUGAAGGUUGCACCGCUGCCCUUUGUCAACCUUAUGGCGGUAAGAAAGAUCCCAUCAAACCAAUCUGGCCGUCUGAAAUGAUGUCCUCGGUCAUUCACCGCGCCGAUAGCGCAGGUCUUCAAAUUGCAAUCCACGCCAUCGGCGACCUCGCCGUCCAUCAAUCAAUAGACCUGCUCUCGGCCAUCAACGCACAAGACCAAACCAAGCCCCGUCGACACAGAAUUGAGCACCUAGAACUCACCUCUGCAGAGGAUGCAAAACGCCUUGGCGCACUAGGAAUAACAGCUUCUGUCCAGCCUGUUCACUCUGACCCAGCGUUCUUCAAUGCUUGGCCUGGUCUGAUUGGCCACGACCGCUGCAAACGUGCAUUCGCAUAUAAAGACUUCCUUGACGGCGGCGCAACACUCGCCUUUGGUACUGACGCGCCCACAGCAGCUCAUCUCCCUUUUCCAAAUCUGUUCAAUGCUACCACGCGUCGAUCCGCAAUUGAUUUGAAAAGUCAGCAAACGCUUAAUCCCGAAUUCGCAUUAGAGCUGGUAGAUGCUGUUGCAGCCCUCACAAAAGGCGCGGCGUAUUCAAGAUUCGCAGAAGGCUGGACUGGGUCAUUGAGCAAGGGACUCAGUGCGGAUUUCGUUGUUGUUGAUAUGCACUGGGAGGCGGACAAAUUACUGGAGGCAAGAGUUUGCCAGACUUGGUAUCGAGGUGAGAAGGUUUUUGAUAUCGAGAUUGAUCCGGAGGACGGCAGCACGACUUGA